AUGGAGCAAUACUUGGCAGGUCUUGACGAUUUGCUAACCAAGUUAGCCAGCGCUCAAGAUUCUGAGACGCUUCGCAAUGCUACGUCGACUUUGAAUACUCAAUAUUAUACGACCGAGAAUUGUGUACCGGGUUUAGUGGAGAUCAUUGGCCGAUCAGCUCAUUUCCAAGUGCGUCAACUCGCUGCUGUGGAGCUGCGCAAACGUAUCAACAAGUGGUGGCCCGAACUUCAAGAGGCUAGCCGAGCAUCGAUUCGAGGCCAACUCUUACAGAUUGUUUUGAACGAAGAAAAAGAACUUGUACGGCACUCAAUUGCUCGCGUGAUCUCGUCUGUGGCCCGACUCGAUGUCCCUAACGAAUCUUGGCCCGAGCUACUGACGUUCCUCAACCAAGCCUGUUCGAGUGCAAACGCUGGUCAUCGAGAGGUUGGAACGUACAUCUUGUUCACCUUGUUUGAAGUUAUUGCCGAGUUCUUCAUGAACAACAUGACUCCAUUAUACGAGUUGUUCAACAAAACCUUGGUCGAUCCUGAAAGUCUCAAAGUCAGAGUUACUACUGUUUUAAUCCUUGGCAAGUUGGCGGAAUUCAUCGAUAUGGAAGACAAAGAAAACAUUAAAGCAUUCCGCGACAUGAUUCCAGCCAUGGUUAACGUCUUGGAGGAAUGCCUGAAGAACGACGAUGAAGAAAGUGCUGGCGAAAUUUUUGAAGUGCUCGAUACGCUCCUUAUGCUGGAUACCCCGCUAUUGUCAAACCAUCUGGUCGAUCUCAUUCGAUUUUUCUUGAGCAUUGGAACAAAUCGGGAGGUGAACGAAUCUGUUCGUGUCAUGGCCCUGUCAUUCCUCAUGUGGGCUGCUGUCUACAAACAGAACAAGAUCAGAAGUCUCAAGUUGGUUGGAUUUUUGAUCGAAGGCUUGAUGCCUAUCGGUGCUGAAGAAGAUCCAGAGGAUGUUGAUGAGGAUUCCCCAUCUCGUUUGGCAUACAAGGUGCUCAACGCGCUCGCAACCAACAUGCCACCGCAGCAGGUGUUCCCCGUGAUUAUGCCUAUUGUUGUCGGCUACUUGCAGAACCAAGAUCCUGCGUUUCGCAAGGCAGGUAUGAUGGCUUUUGCUGUGAUUGUCGAAGGAUGCGCAGAUUUCAUGAGCCCCAAGUUGGAGGAGUUGCUGCCGUUGGUAUGCACAGGUCUGGGCGAUCCCGAAAUUGUUGUACGACGAGCAGCAUGCAUGGCUUUGGGUUGUCUGGCCGAAGAACUUCAAACAGAGAUCUCCAAGCAUCAUCGCGAGUUGUUGCCCUUGGUUUUCAACUUGAUGAACGACACCAACCCCGAAGUGACAAAGCAUGCUUGCAAUGCACUGGAUGCCAUCCUCGAAGGUCUUGGUCAGGAAGUUGUGCAGUAUCUCCCCUUGUUGAUGGAGAAACUCUUGUUGUUGCUCGAUAACGCUUCGCAAACCGAAACCAAGGCUACAGUGAUUGCUGCGAUCGGCAGUGCAGCACACGCAGCAGGCGAGGAUUUCGACCCUUACUUUGGCCAGGUGAUGCCUCGUAUCCGUGCCUUGAUGACCGUCAAGGAAACCCCUGAUCAGCUCUUGCUUCGUGGUGUUGCCACCGAUACAGCUGGUACGAUUGCUCAAGCCGUGGGUGCUGAAAAGUUCCGCCACUGCGCUCAAGACCUGAUGCAUUUGGCCGUCGACCAGCUUCAACUCGACUCGAACCGUCUCCGCGAAUGCUCGUAUGCCUUCUUUUCCAUUCUUGCCCGCGUCUUUGGUGAAGAGUUUGCUCCCUAUCUCCCUACAGUGAUGCCUCCAAUCCUUGCUUCUUGUAAGGCUGAAGAAAAGGAUGAUGGCAUUCUUCUUGGCGAGGUUGACCUGACGACCGGUAGCAUGGAUGGCGAGGAUGAGGAGGACGAUUUGAAUGCCUUUGGGUUCAACUCGGCACUUGCAGACGAAAAGGAGUUUGCAGCUGAUGCGCUCGGCGAGAUGUUUGAGAACACACGCUCUCACUUUUUGCCCUAUGUCGAAGCAUCCGUUCAAGAACUGUCGCAACUUUCCUUUCACAUUUUCGAUGGCGUCCGCAAGUCUGUGGUUGGAAGUUUGUUUGCAUUCCUCCGAACAUUCUAUACCAUUUCCAGUCCUGGCGAAUGGGCACCCGGUCUUCCGCUCAAGUACUCUGUGCAUGAAAAUGUGCAAAACAUGAUUGGCGUUGUCAUGCCAGCAAUCUUGACUAUGUGGAAGGACGAGGAUGACCGAACUGUUGUGGUUCAGGUUUGUCAAGAACUUGUGCAAGCACUCAAAUUGAUGGGUCCUGUUGUCGUUGCUGACAACGUGGAGGAAUUAGCCCGCAAUCUUUUGGAGAUUUUCGAGAAGCGAUCUGUUUGCCAACAAGCCUAUGAUGAUGAGGACUUUGUUGACGAGGAUGAAGAAGCUGAGUCAGAGUCUCUCCUCAUUGGUUCUGCUGCAGACCUUGUUGCCGCACUCUGUGGAGCAAUUGGUGAAGGUUUCUCUUCCUAUUUUGACAUCUUUUUGCCUCUCAUCUCCAAAUACUAUAAAAAGACCAAGACAGCUUCCGAGAGAUCGAUGGCCGUUGGCUGUUUGGGCGAAUGCAUCAGCGGUGUCAAGUCUGCAGUGACUCCUCAUACUCAACGCCUGCUCCAACUCUUCAUCAAGGGAACCAGCGACGAAGAUCAAACUGUCCGAAGUAACGCUGCAUAUGCUCUGGGUGUCUUGACUCUGUAUUCGCAACUCGACCUUUCCUCACAAUACCCUGCCAUUUUAACUGCAUUGCAUCCUUUGUUCCAAGACCAAACACUCCUCAACACGACUGACAAUGCUGCUGGUGCUGUUGCUCGGUUGAUUCUUAAGCACCCAAAUGCCGUGCCCUUAGAUCAAGUUUUACCUGUCUUUACGACAGCGUUACCUCUGAAAGCCGAUUAUGAAGAAAACGAGCCAGUGUUUGAGUGCUUGUUUAACUUGUUCCAAUCCAACAAUGCUUUUGUUUUGAGCCAUCUUGCCGAAUUCCUCCAAGUGUUCACACAUGUGCUUUCCGACGAAGAGCAGAUCAAGGAAGCAACGCGUGCCCACUUGAUCGAACUGAUUCGCGCCAUCAACGCCCAGUCACCAAAUCUGAACAUUGCAUCUUCUGAACUCGCCCGUUUCUUAUAG